AUGCUGCUGGCCAUGCUGAAUGCAUACUAUAUUAUUCACCUCGUCAUUCUUUUACAGCUACUGAUCGCUUGCGGUUGCAAUGGGGAGAGGUUGUUUGUGGUGAUGGUGGGGAGGGAGGGCAACGACUUGAAGUUGAGGUUCAGUCCGGAACAGGUGUUUGCGGAUGCGGGUGAUAGGGUGCAGUUCCAGUUCUAUCCGUUGAAUCACUCGGCGGUACAGGCGGACUUUAAUAACCCAUGCAUACCAAUCAAUAAUUCAACUGGAAAGGGCUUCUUCUCUGGUUUUCAUCCCCUUCCUCUCAAUACAGAGAUAUUGACUACAUUUACCAUCAACGUUACCAGCCCUGAUCCCAUAUUUUUCUACUGUUCGCAAGGCCGCCACUGCCAGCAAGGUUUUGUUGGCGCCAUCAACCCAACUGCCGAGCAAUCACUUGAAAGAUUCCGCGAUGCAGCCUCAAAAGCGCCCGAGAGUCUCUCGCCGGGCGAGGUCUCUUCUCUCCGUACCGAAACCACCCCUCCACAGCGAGGCUUCCCCACCGGCUUCAACUUCACAAAUGCCGACAACGACAAAACCAUCACGAACGUUGGCGCCAUCGUUGGUGGGGUCCUUGGUGGCGUGGCGUUCUUUGUUAUUCUGGUUACGUUUGGGGUGUUUUUGCUUGCGAGGAGGAGAAACGGAAGCGGGCCCCCGGCGGCGAAGGUUAAAUAUAAAAUUACUUGGUUUUCGUCGGCCUAG